GCGCUGGCGCAGGCUCUGUCCCAGCUGCAGGAGCUGCUGCAGAAGCACACGGGGCUGGAGGUUUUGAGGGCGGCCGCCCGCGCUUUGGGGUCGUUCUGCGACCCCCAACUGCCGCUGUGCGGGCGGGGGGACCUGGUCCGGAGCCGCCUGGCCGACGAGCUGGCCGAAAAGUGUCACCGCGACGUCACCGACAUGCUGCGGCCGCCGUCCCCAUCCCUGGACGAGGAGGAGCUGUUCAGCCUGGCUGCCACCCUGCGGCGCCUCGCCGCCCUCCUCGCGUGAGCAGCGCGUCCCCAACGUCCCCAACGUCCCCAACGUCCCCGUGUCCCUCUGUCCCCAGUGUCUCCGUGUCC